UUCCACUUUCGUUUUCCAAUUGCCGACGCGAGCUGCUUCUCGGAGGGAGGAGGCUAGUUUGCUCCCGGGCUUCUAAUCUGAGGUAAAACAGAGCUCUGGACACAGGAAAAAAAAUUUCCCCAAAGCUGAUUAAAGAUGGCCCAAUCUCGAUUGACCAAAACUGAGAGAAAGGCGCUGCUGGAUAUUUUGGGAUGCCAACAUCUAAGCCUUCUCUAUAAAGCAAGUUUGCAUACCUACAAUGUCAAUGCAUUUCAUAACAAAUGCGACAGUCAGGGCCCAACUGUAGUUGUGGGAUACAAUGCAAGUGGCUAUAUCUUUGGAGGCUUUACUGAACAGAGUUAUGCUUCAGCUGGGAAAUACCUAUUUGAUAACAAUGCUUUCAUGUUUAGAUUGAAAGGGAAAGGGCAGGAACCCAGCAUACUAAAAUUCCCAGUCAAGAAUGCUGUUGAGGCUGUCCUUGACAAUAGUGCAUAUGGUCCGACUUUUGGAGCUAACACACUUGUAUUCCUGUCAGAAAGCAAGAAUAGUGUUACCACAGAUGCUAACACUAACAGUUACACACUCAGUGCAGAAGACCUACAUGGAAAUGACCAAGUCCUUUUGGAAUGUGAAGUAUAUCGAGUUGAAGGGCUGAGUAGCAUUUUGGAAAAACCAUGGCGGGAGAUGACAUGGACAGCUGAGAAAAGGGAAGCGCUGAUGAAAGAAAUAAGAACUUACAAACCUUGCUUGAGUGCUGUGCCCCAGUGUCGGGUUCUGCUUGUUGGGCCAGUUGGAGCAGGGAAGUCCAGUUUCUUCAACUCUGUGAAUUCAACUUUCCGAGGCUACGUGUCAAGUCAGGCUGCAGCAGGAUCAGAUUCCACAAGUCUGACAAAGCAGUAUAGGACUUACCAUCUUAAAAGCGGAAGCGGUAGAACCCCACUCCCGAUCAUCUUCUGUGAUACCAUGGGACUUGAAGUUCAACCCAAUGCUGGUCUGGACAUUGAGGAUGUGCGCAGCAUAUUGGAGGGCCAUAUUCCUGAUCGGUACUCGUUCAAUCCAUCCUGUGUUAUGAGCCCCAAUAUGCCAAACUAUAUCAAGUCCCCCUCUCCAAAAGACCGGAUUCAUUGUGUUGCGUUCAUUAUCGAUGGGUCCAAGGUUGAGAUCCUCCCUGAGAAGCUGGAAGAAAAACUGAAAGACAUCCGUCGAAAAGCGAACAGUUUUGGUGUUCCACAGCUUGUUAUUCUAACUAAAGUGGAUCAGAUUUGUCCUAUUGUUGAAGAAGAUAUAUCAUACGUAUACAAAAGCAUGGCGGUUCAGAAGCAGAUGCGGCUAAUGGAAGCAAAACUUGGCAUCCCUCUGUCUCAUAUAGUUCCUGUUAAAAAUUAUUCCUCGGAGCUGGAACUGAGGAAUGAUGUUGAUAUCCUGAUACUCAUGGCAGUGAGGCAGAUGCUUCGUUUAGCUGAAGACUACCUCGACGACUGUGAUGACGAACCUCCGGUCAAUCGUUCCAUUAAGGAUUGUUAUGCUGAAUUAAAGAUGGCCCAAUCUCGAUUGACCAAAACUGAGAGAAAGGCGCUGCUGGAUAUUUUGGGAUGCCAACAUCUAAGCCUUCUCUAUAAAGCAAGUUUGCAUACCUACAAUGUCAAUGCAUUUCAUUACAAAUGCAACAAUCAGGGCCCAACUGUAGUUGUGGGAUACAAUGCAAGUGGCUAUAUCUUUGGAGGCUUUACUGAACAGAGUUAUGCUUCAGCUGGGAAAUACCUAUUUGAUAACAAUGCUUUCCUGUUUAGAUUGAAAGGGAAAGGGCAGGAACCCAGCAUACUAAAAUUCCCAGUCAAGAAUGCUGUUGAGGCUGUCCUUGACAAUAGUGCAUAUGGUCCUACUUUUGGAGCUAACACACUUGUCUUCCUGUCAGAAAGCAAGAAUAGUGUUACCACAAAUGCUAACACUAACAGUUACACACUCAGUGCAGAAGACCUACAUGGAAAUGACCAAGUCCUUUUGGAAUGUGAAGUAUAUCGAGUCGAAGGGCUGAGUAGUGUUUUGGAAAAACCAUGGCGGGAGAUGACAUGGACAGCUAAGAAAAGGGAAGCGCUGAUGAAAGAAAUAAGAACUUACAAACCUUGCUUGGAUGCUGUGCCCCAGUGUCGGGUUCUGCUUGUUGGGCCAGUUGGAGCAGGGAAGUCUAGUUUCUUCAACUCUUUGAAUUCAACUUUCCGAGGCUACGUGUCAAGUCAAGCUGCAGCAGGAUCGGAUUCCACAAGUCUGACAAAGCAGUAUAGGACUUAUCAACUUAAAAGCGGAAGCGAUAGAGCCCCACUCCCAAUCAUUUUCUGUGAUACCAUGGGACUUGAAGCUCAACCCAACACUGGUCUGGACAUUGAGGAUGUGCGCAGCAUAUUGGAGGGCCAUAUUCCUGAUCGGUACUCGUUCAAUCCAUCCUGUGUUAUGAGCCCCAAUAUGCCAAACUAUAUCAAGUCCCCCUCUCCAAAAGACCGGAUUCAUUGUGUUGCAUUCAUUAUUGAUGGGUCCAAGGUUGAGAUCCUUCCUGAGAAGCUGGAAGAAAAACUGAAAGACAUCCGUCGAAAAGCGAACAGUUUUGGUGUUCCACAGCUUGUUAUUCUGACUAAAGUGGAUCAGAUUUGUCCUAUUGUUGAGGAAGAUAUAUCAUACGUAUACAAAAGCAUGGCUGUUCAGAAGCAGAUGCGGCUAAUGGAAGCAAAACUUGGCAUCCCUCUGUCUCAUAUAGUUCCUGUUAAAAAUUAUUCCUCGGAACUGGAACUGAGGAAUGAUGUUGAUAUCCUGAUACUCAUGGCAGUGAGGCAGAUGCUUCGUUUAGCUGAAGACUACUUUGACGACUUUGACGACGAACCUUCGGUCACUCGUUCCACAAAGGAUUGUUACGCUGAGCCUUGAUAUAUAGGACUGAAUUUCUGCCUUCGUGUGCAUUUACAUCUGCCACUUAAAGGAGCGUGUUUGGGGUACAUGUUCCAGCGCAUAGUAAACAUGUAAAGUUAUAAAGACCUGCGCAACUUGGGACUUAGAUAUCUUUCCCCAUAUCAGCCAGCUCAAGUUCUCAGAUUGGCCGAGGGGGCCACUGUAGGAAUUGUUGCCAAUGCAUCAGAAGGCAUGCAUUUCCUCUAUAACUGGGGUGAGGGGGUAUUUCCUGAACAAUAAUUUACCCUGCCAAAAUACCUGGUGUUAGUCAAAUGUAAGAUAAUUUGAUCCUAACUUACUUAGGAGGAAAACGUAGACUUGAAAUCUGAACAAAAAAUAUUUCUGCAAACGUUA